AUAUUGAAUGUGGUUAGUUCAAGUGUUUGAGUUACAUUCAAUUGAGUUGUCGAUGGGUGCAUAACAAAUUCGAUUAUAACUGAUUCAUUUCCGGAGCUUUGAUGUGUAUCCUGUGACAAACAACAGAAAAUGGGUGGAUCGAUGUCAAGAAUAGUUCCUGGGGUAUACAUUGGUGGAGUUGCUAGCGCUCAAUCCAAAAGUCAACUCGAAGAAAACGGCAUUACUCAUGUCUGUAGCGUUCUCCACUACAAUUUUAAGUGUCCCACUAGAAAGCAAUUGCUGCUUCGAGCUGAUGACGACUCGAAGGAAAAUAUUGCCAAAUAUUUUAGGGAUGCAUCCUUUUUCAUUCACGGGGCAAGGGUUUAUGAUGGUGCUGUGCUAGUCCAUUGGUGGGGUCUUCGUGUUUACCAGCCUGGUUUAAGCUGCCGGUAUCCUCGUUUCAUCUAACUGCUUUCUUUAAAACAGCACCGCAUACAUAAUGGUUAAGAAUGGGACUUUCAUACCAAAGACUAUAAAAGAAUGGGUUUAUGAGAUCAUUUCGAGAAGACCAGACUCCACAAUCUCGGUCAUAUCAGGAGUCUCAAACAAAAAGUCUAUGGUACUGCUGUAUAAUGAGCCAAAGAGUGUCACGAAAUAAACAUCUGACAUUCUUUAUUGAGGUUAGUAUUAGUAAUUUUUGUGCUGAAGUUCAUCAGAUUACGUUAUAGGUCGACCUAUCAGACAGUUCACUAAUUAAAUUCACAUGGUAAAGUAUACUUCUAGACUCGUAGUUCACCAACAAAAGGUUUGACUUUUGACUCAAUUUAUUAAUUUAUUGGGAAUAGUCAGAUAUAAAAAUUAUUAGCACCGCGAUUUAGUGUUUGUAACAGUCAGUUUCCAACCCGUAAAUGUGUGGUCUCAACCCCAAACACAUAACUUUGGUUUUGACAGCCACACAUAAUGUUGCUCAAAUCUGAGUAAUUGAUAACUAUGUCAAGUUAAAUUUAAUUUCUCCGAAUUACAAACCAAACCUGUCUAGGUAACUCCUUUACCCUUCACAGGUUUUGAUACAUACCUUAUGAUUAAAUAAACAAUUAUUUAUAUGUUCAAGUUAUCACAAUCCAUUAUUUGCUAAGUAAAAGACUACCAGCAAGAAACCAAACAAAAGAGUAAAGAUAAGAGUGAUGGUAUAGUAAAUUUCAAUCUCUUAUUUGAUCAAAAUUAUAAUAAUUAUGUAUAAUAACUCUCUGUCUCUGUUCCCAUAUUACUUAAAAAGUGCUUGUGGCGUCUCUCGUAGCGUGACAAUAACUUUGGCCUACCUGAUGACCAUAACAAAUAUGCCUCUACCAAAGCUCGUUAGAGCAGUUGUUGGUGCAAGACCAUGCGCUUGUCCGAAUAGUGGGUUUUUGGAACAAUUAAUAGAAUAUGGCAAGUCUGGUGCUGCUGCAAAAGUUCGACGUGAACUAAUCGCAUGUUAUGGUGAAUGGCCAAAAGAAAAAAUGGAUGCUGAUAUUGCUGUACUAACAGAACUGCUACUUAAACCAGAGCAUACUACCUGUAUUGGCGCAAGUGGUGGUUUCACAUUGCCGGAUGAUAUUACAGAAUAUAAUGAUGAUGAUAAUGGUAACAACAAUCAACAAGGAUCUCUUAAUAAUCCCUUAAAUCAACAAAAUUCACAAAAAAAUAAUAUGAAACCGACUAGUUAUACAAUCUAUCCAAAUAAACCAUUACAUAUACGAAGAAUACUUGCAGAGAGUGAAGAUAAUAAUCCAGCAUCGUCAUCAUCAUCAGUAUAAAAUACAAUAUUAACGGAAAAUAAACUAAUUUUAUAAAUAUCUACGGUUAUUCAAAUUUCAUCUUUGUUAUUUAUUGUCAAUAAUCACUUACCACUGAUAUAUGUGAUUAAAACUGAUUUAAAUCGUUUGUAAAACAAUUACGUAUUUAAUCUUACUUUAAGUUUGUUCGCUAUUCCCUUAUUUUUGUUUUACAGAUGUUCAAACAUGUACUCUUGUCGUUACUGAAUAGUGAUGGCCUUGUUGUACACAGUUAACACUCUAACCACACCUAAUAUAUAAAUGAACUUAUAGUCAGUUUUAUUGAACAACCCGUCUCUAGGCUUUCCUUUCUUUCUGGUUUCUUUUGCAUUUGAUAUUCAGUUUUUCUUCAUAGCCAUACUGUAAAAAAACAAAAGAAUCAAUGCUAUGAUGCACAUACUUUCUCUAUCGCACUUUUUAAAAUCAUAAUGCCUUUGAUAUAUAUCCGUUAAUUUUCUAGUUGCUUUUUACAAAUAUCUCUUAAUUACUGGUGAAUUGAACAAUCAUUUCUGUAAUAUUAGUGUGAAUAAUCUCAUUUUCUAAUGUAUUUUCCUUUUUGAAAACUUUCAUAUAGAAAAGACCUUCGAAUUUUCAUUAUCUUGAUGUGAUGGACCAAGCCCUUUUUUAAAAUAUAUCAUAUUGUUCCAGUGAGUCGUAACCUGUUCAACAAGCAAUCCCUGUUUUAACUUUAAAAAUACAACUUGAAUGGAGAGAAAUUUCUUUUCGAUUAGCUCUUUAGCAUGAUGUGUGAACAUUAAUAUUUAAUUUCUCAUUAGAGUAUUCACGAAAUGAAUGUACUAAUUAUUUUCUGACGAC